AUGAAGUGCAUUUUUUGGAAUAUAAGAGGCAUUACCAAUGCCUCUUCCAGACUGACCCUUAAAAGGCUUAUUAAUAUUAACAAUCCUGAUUUGGUUUUCAUUGCAGAACCUUGGAUGGACUUUAAAAAUGUUCCUUCCAAUUGGCUCAAAAGGCUUAACCUUAAGCUUUUUGCCAUGAAUGAGAGAUUAGAUAAGCAUCCAAAUUUUUGGUGCUUUUGUAAAAUGGAUAUGAAUCCUUCUAUUAUUAAUUAUGAUGACCAACAUAUAUCUUUCUCAAUUGAUUCUAACAACUUGGUUUUAGGUUUUUCUGUUGUUUAUGCAGCUACCAACUACAUUGAUAGAAGGAGACUUUGGAGCAGUCUUGAUACUCUUAUUAUUGAUACUCCUUGGUGCUUCAUUGGUGAUUUCAAUGCCAUCAUAGAAUCUGGUGAAUACAAAGGAGAUAGUUGCACUGCCAGUAUUCCUAUGAAAGAGUUCCUCAGCUGGUCAGAUUCUAAUCAUCUGGUUCAUGUUCCAACCAUGGGAAACCAGUAUACAUGGAACAAUUGCAAGAAGGGUAAAAAGCUUAUUGAAAAGAGAUUGGAUAGAGCCAUGUGCAAUUUCAAGUGGAUAGGCUCCUGCAUCAAAACAUCUUGUCACACUUUAACCAAAGCCAAUUCUGAACACUAUCCUAUCCUUCUCAACUUUAACUUUAAUGAUAUCAAAUACAUUUCUCAAUUUAAGUUUAAAAGCAUGUGGACUAAUCAUUCUGAUUGCAUGGAAAUUGUGGGAGAAACUUGGAACACUAGAAUCUAUGGCUGCCCUAUGUAUAUAUUAAACAAAAAAUUAAGAAUCCUAAAAUCCAAACUCAAAGAUUGGAACAAGAAUCAUUUUGGUAAAGUGCAGGAAAAGGUCAAAGAGACUGAGCUAAACUUAAUGAACAUUCAGCAGGCAAUUGCUACUAAGGGAUAUUAUGACAACCUAAGGAUUCAUGAGAAGAAUGCUCAAGAGGAGUAUAACAAAGCCCUAGAUUUUGAGGAGCAAUUCUGGAAAGAGAAGGCCAUAAUUAAUUGGUGUACUAAUGGAGAUAGAAACACUAAAUUUUUCCAUAGAUAUGUUGCCAUUAAAAGAACAACCAAUCUUAUAAAUGCUAUAACCAUAAAUGAUGUUGUUCAUACUCAUAUGGAUACUAUUGAAAAGCAUUUUCUUAACCAUUUUCAUCAGCUUUUUAACAAAAAUGUUGUUAUGCAGGAUAAUGGACUAGUGAAGGGAACCAUUCCAAACCUUAUCAAUAAGGACACUACCAAAACACUAACCUCAGUGCCAAAUGAAGUAGAGAUCAAGGAAGCUGUCAUGAGUAUCAAAAAAGAUGGAGCCCUUGGGCCAGAUGGUUUUGGAGUUGUUGUCUUCUAA